CUAACGAGCUAAAGGAGCUAGUUAAAUUAAAAUAAAAGUAGUAAAUGAAUGUGCUUUCGUGGUCAUAUUUUUUUAGAAUAAAUAUAAUUAUAAUAUAAAAUGCUCAUUGAUGUUUGUUUGCCAAUACCUAAAGAGUUUGAAAGAUCAGAAGUGAUCGGAAAACUUGGAGAAUUAACGACAGUUCAUUACGAACCCGUCGGAAGAUGGUACGAGGCCUACUGCACGAGAAGACAGCACAAACACACCCUGUCAACCAGUUCGCAGUCGAGCAGCUCCGAAGAAGAGGAGGAUGAUUUGGAUGAGUUUGAAGAUGAUGACAACAUCCUUCUAACCCUUGAUCCAAGGGAGUGGAAGAAACAGGAUCACUAUGCUGUGUUGGGUCUUGGCAAGCUGAGGUACAAGGCAACAGAUGAUCAAAUAAAGAGAGCUUACAAGAAGAAAGUCCUGCAACACCAUCCAGACAAAAGAAGGGCUGCUGGCAUUCCUGUGAAGCAAGGAGAGGAAGAUUAUUUCACGUGUGUCACCAGGGCCUACGAAGUACUGGGCGUUCCUUCAAAGAGAAGGUCAUACGACAGCGUGGAUCCGACCUUUGAUGAUCACAUCCCUCCAAACAACAACGAAUCCAAACAAAACUUCUUCAAAGUAUUUGGACCCGUUUUUCAAAGAAAUAUAAGAUGGUCGACAAAAACCAAAAAAGUCCUGACACUCGGUGAUGAGGAGACGCCAUUCGAUCAGGUCGACGACUUCUACAACUUCUGGUACAACUUUGAGUCGUGGAGGGAGUACUCCUACUUGGAUGAGGAAGAGAAGGAGAAGGGAGAGAAUCGAGAAGAGAGGCGAUGGAUUGAGAAGCAGAAUAAAGCGGUCAGGUUAAAGUUGAAAAAGGAAGAGACCCAGAGGAUUCGGCAGUUAGUCGACAAUGCGUACGCCUGCGACCCCCGUGUCAUCAAGUACAAGACUGAAGAAAGGGAGCGCAAGAUGGCCGACAAGAAGGCCAAGCAGGAUGCCAUCAGGAUGAAGUUGGAGGAGGAAGAAAGGAAACGCCAGGAAGUGUUGGAGGUUGAGAGGCUGGCCAGGGAGAAGGAGGAGGAAGAACUGAAGAUGCAGAUGGCAGUGCAGAAGAGGGAGAAGGAGGCGCUGAAAAAAAAUUUGAAGAAAGAAAGAAAGCUGCUGAGAACAUUUAUCAAGGAUUGGGAGUACCUGUCAAAUGACGAAAAAGAGAGGGUGCGGAACAUGCAGGAUCUGGACAGGAUCGCUGAACUCUCAACCGUAGAAACUCUCACACAUUUGAAUGAAGUGGCAUCCUCUGGUGGCAAAGAAAAAUUUGCCGAAGAGUUCUUCAAGAAGGUGAAGGAGUUGAACGAGAGGAUAGAUGAGGAGAAGCGCCAGCAAGCGAUGGAGAUGAUGAACAGGAAGCAGCAGCAGGCAUCGACUGCCGACAAGAGUGCGAAUGCAUCCAGCUGGUCUGACGUUGAGGUUCAAACUCUCAUCAAGGCCGUCAAUCUCUUCCCUGCUGGGACUAACGCAAGGUGGGAGACCAUAGCUAAUUUUUUGAAGCUGCAUGUUCCAGGAAGCAACAGAAAUGCCAAGGAGACCUUGGCCAGAGCUAAGGAACUUCAAAAGAAUGAUUCCAACUUAAAAGAUGAAGCCAACAAGAAAGCUUACGAGAAUUUCAAGAGGGACACGCAUGGAGCUGCGUCCGUUGUCGUGUCUCAAGUCUCAGAGAGAUAUGAAUCGCCGGCAGAGAUGCAAGUGUACGAGGUGGGCAGUAAUCCCGCCCCUUGGACAGCUGACGAGCAGAAGUUGUUGGAGCAGGCCAUGAGAACGUAUCCGGCUUCUGAAGCUGACAGAUGGGAUAAGAUUGCAGAGUGCAUCCCAGCCAGGAGCAAGAAGGAUUGUAUGAAACGAUACAAAGAACUGGUUGAACUCAUCAGAACCAAGAAACUCGCUCAAGCAACUACCGCUAGCACAAAGAAGAAAUAAUUUUUUGUUUUUUAUUUUUCAUUCGUUUUUUGGUUUUACUUUUUUUUAUGUUUUACUUGUCAAAUACAUUUAUUCUUAUAAACCUAAAUUAUUUAUAGUCUUUUUGAUAAAAAAAAAACCUCAUUACAGACAAAUUUCUUCUAAAAUUCUGAGCUAACGUAGAAUAAU